AUGGAAUAUCAUCGAGAACCAGCUGGAACUCAGACACCGCAAUUCUGUUGUUUCCCAGCACGACUUCUUGUUUGUAUUCUUUCUGUUAUUGGAAUCGCCCAGAAUGGCGUCUCCAUCUGCUUCUCAACCUUCUUCAAGUUCAGAUAUCAAGUGAUUAUUCCCUUCAAUCUUACCUGGAUUCUUCUAAAUAUUCUUCUUCUAUUCGGAGCUUUCUGUAAUAAUGAACGAGCUCUCAGAUGGUCAUUAAAAGUUGUAAUUGCAUGUAUGAUUUUAACUGGAAUCUAUAUAAUGACAGUUCCUGUGAUGAUAUCAAGCUUUUUUGCAUCUGGAAUGGAGUUUCCAAUAAUUCGAAAUGAUGGAAACUACGAUAAUUUUAUAAUCGGAAUGGUAUAUGGAUACUGUUUCGAACUAAUUUCAAUUUUUCUUAUCGGAGCACAAAUACUCAAAUAUAUUCUUGUCAAUCGACUAUGGGAAUAUGCAAAAACUACAGUAUCCGUGGCGGAGAGUCGAUAUGAAACAGUUUGA